AUGGAGACCAGCGACACCAGACUCUUGAUGUUGAUGCUGCUGCUGCUGCUGCUGGUCGACCUCAGCUGCUUCGCUCAUGACGCUUUUCCUCGUAUCAGCCCAGACAGACUUCAGUUCUACGAGUUUGAAGCCUUCACAGUGAACUGUGAGCUUGAUGCUGUCGCUGAGUGGACAGUGAAGACGGAUCACGCUGCUUCAGCAGGUUCUUCACCCUGUGACGCAGCAGCUCCAUCCUGCUCCAUCGACCCUGCUCUCAACAAACACACUGGAGGAUAUUGGUGUGAAAACGAGGAGGGACAGAGAAGCGGCGCCGUGGGCAUCGCUGUCACCGCUGGGUCUGUGAUCCUGGAAAUGUCUGCUCACCCUGUGCUUCAGGGACACGACGUGACCCUUCACUGUCGCAACAAGAAAACUGGGUCACAACAAACCGUUGAUUUCUACAGAAAUGAGUCGCGUCUGGAAACGACCUACAACAAGAACACGCUGAGCAUCAGCAGCGUUUCCACGUCUGAGGAGGGAUUCUACAGCUGCAGCAUCUCAGGAGCUGGAGCCUCUCCACAGAGCUGGCUGGCUGUGGUGAAUCACAGUCUGACUUCUGCUGAGGAUCAGUCUUCCUCGGACCCGUCUGACGGGUCCUUCCUGCUCUGGACCGCUGUCACGGCUGCGUUGGUUCUGCUGCUGCUGCUGCUGGUUGUCGGUCUAUGUCUCUGUAAGAAGCACAAAGCUUUGCUGUGUGGACGCAGAGACGACGGCGCUGCUGCAGAUCAGCAAACAUACGCUGUCAUCAACAGUCAAAGGAACCAAACAGGUCUGGAUUCAGACAUUGUGACGUACGCUGCUGUAAAAAAGCCAAAGAGGAGACGAGAGACACAAUCAUCCAAGUCAUCAUCAGACGACUGCGCCGUCUACUCAGUGAUCAGCGUUUAGCAGCAGAUGAGGAAGAGGAAGCAGAGACUGGAACUGAGAGAAACCUCAUCAAAGAGAAAGUAGAAUUUACAACAGCUCAUCACACGAUAUCAGGCUCCAAAGAUGAAACUAGUGACAGUUCACCAGCACUGAACAACUGAGACAAAGGUUCUGUCAAAUGAA